UGAAGUUCUUUGAAAUGAAGAAGAACUGAUCCGUGGAAAUGAGCCGGAAUUCUCAUCACUGCUAAGAAGAUAGAUAACGUUAGUUCAUAAAUAUUUAAACAGCUUAUGCGGACUUCGGUAUCUUCCAAAGUUCCGGAAGGGCAAGGUCAUCACGUAACUAAUUAAUAUCGACGAACCUCACCAUAGUAGGACCAGUCACUUCCAGAACACAGAAUUGUUCAACAGUCUUUUAUCGACUCUUUAUAAAAAGCGCCAACUGAUUGGUCCGUUUUAGAGGCGUAGGACGUUUGCGUCAGGGCGAAUCUGCUUCUUUCAAACACAAAAUACUUAUACUGUACUGCGACUAAUGAACUGAAAGGAGUUUUAUAUCCGUGACCGCAAUGUUUUGAAGUGAGCAAUGAAUAUUUGAUAAGAUCUUGACUUUUUUUUUUUUUGCCAGAUAUGAAUCCUAUUCAUCUACUUCGUGUUUUCAGAUGUGCUCCACGCAUAUUACAAACCAAUAGAUUUAGAAAUUUCACAUCCUGCCAAGACAAGAUGGCAUCCAUAAAACAUAAGAACACGAAACGGAUAGAAGGUCUGGACAAGAAUGUAUGGGUGGCCUUCACAUCAGUGGCAGCAGACCCUUCCAUUGUCAAUCUUGGACAGGGUUACCCAGAUAUUCCUCCACCUUCCUAUGUGAAAGAGGGUCUCGCUCAGGCUGCAAUGGUUGACAGGCUGAACCAGUACACACGUGGCUUUGGCCACCCAACACUGGUUAAAGCCCUGUCAAAAGUAUAUGGAAAAGUCUAUGACCGUCAGCUCGACCCGUUUAAAGAGAUCCUGGCUACAGUAGGUGGAUAUGGAUCUUUGUUCAGCACUAUGCAGGCUCUGGUUGAGGAGGGAGAUGAG